AUGCAGGAACCACUUGGCGAUUUGCAAGACGCUUUUAUCGAGUUGAAUAUUAACAUACCCAACGAAGAGGAACAACAAGAAUACCUUUUACCACAAUGGAAAGACAUCACUUCCUUCCUGGAUGAAGCAACAAGCGAGUUUGACGUGGGCCAGUUGGUGCAUCUACAAUCAUUUACGCUAUUUGAUGCUAUGAGUGCCAUUGAAAUCAUGGAUCCUCGCAUGGACACAGGCAUGGUGAUUGAACACACACUCGAAAGCUUCGAUAUUGAGAAACGAACAUCGUCUGAGGAUGCACUGGGCAUUAUGGAUAGGCUCGUUGUGCGUGAAAUGGCCUGGAUCUCGGGCCAUUCACUUGCACAGACUGUAUACACAUGUAUUUAUUUUCACCACAUCAAAAAGUUAAACGAAUUACCUAUGCCUACUUUGACAUCAAACAUGGAGGACAUUAUCUAUGGCGUAUUGAAAUCCUAUAUCCUUGCUACGGUGAAAUGCUGUCAUUAUAUUUGGACUGAGAUGACUCAGGGCAACGUAUACGAGGAAGAGGAUUUUACAACUAACCUGUUCGGCUUGCAUUUCAACGAUCAAAAUCCUGAUGUGAUGAUAUUCAACGAUAUCGAUAGCUCCAUCAUGUUGCUGAACCAUUUAUUGAACACGAAAAUCUCGGAUUCACAAAAGAACACUGUAAAAGCCAUACUGAGCCGAGUCGAAAUCCGCAAAUCAUUUCUACUGUCGCUUGUAUAUUUGUCGAAACUGGAAGGUUCAUACUUGGUAACUGCAAAAUCAGAACUGAAGAAGAUCCUCGAGUUGCUGGAAACAGUGGAUCUGACAAUCGGAAAUGAAGUAGCAAAUGCUUUCGAUCCUAACAUUAACCGCAAAUUGACCUCACAAACACCUCCGCGCCCUGUUGAGCUAUCCUCUGUCCAAGAAUCAUUCAAAGAAUACACUUUGCUGAUUCAACGUUUACAUUCAAUUUGCAAUGUGAACGAUUAUCCCUCUGUCAACUCACUCAUAAAUUACUUUUUAGAUUUUGCAGCACAUCAGCCAUAUCCUGACGCUUUCUCGAGAUCCAAGUUGAAUUCGAUAUUCUUCCAUAAUCAACGCAUCUUUGGCACUAUUGCUGUCUCCAAAUUCAUCUUGGAUUCCAUCAAGGAAACCGUACAACCUCCAGUUUGGUGGACUUCGCCAAUGAGACAACCCGCUCACAUCAAUCCAGCCGAGUUCAUCAAUGCACAUGACACAUUAAAGACGUACCUGGAUAGAAUUUCAAUGGUAUUUGUCGAAUACUUCAAGAUAAACUGUCACAAUCGAUCACGCCAGCGAAGAAUGCUCUGUAAAGUCGUUGCAGAAUGGGAAAUCUUGCAAGAAGAAGCGGCUAGUGUUGAUGAGGUGUUUCAUGCGCUCGAGAAGAAUGAGAAAGAUGCUGCAACUCCAUAUUAUUUCUCCUCCUGGGCUUACAAUUUGAAAUUGACAAUGAUUGAAAAGAUUUUGUAUUUGGGAUUCGAAUUGGAUUUGUAUGGAUCACAUGAAUACAUCAUGGUUUACUGGUAUACGCAAUGUGUAUUAGGGAGCCGAGCAUAUUUGCUGGACCGUAUUUCCAACUUUGUGGAUCAAUCUAUUCAGACACCAGAUGUAUACAACUAUCUACUCACAAACCAGUCAAUGAACCAUAGCAAGAAAUGCUUGUCUGAAGCCAUGCUCAAACUGCUACUCACUGCAAAGUAUACGAAUCAGUUCGAUCAGCGCAGCCUCAUUUUUGACGAUGAAGAAACUCGGUACCUGCAUCGCUUUAAACCUUUUGUUUCUCUCAUUUCGCCUCCCCAUCCAACCUACCAGCAGUUCUCGGAAAUCGUAAACAUCGAAGAUUUUGAAGUCUCAAGAAUGAUUGAAAUCAUUAAGAACGAUUUUGCAGAAGCCAAAAAGGUAUUGGAAGGCUUAUUAGCCAUGUCCCCAGAAAAAACAUAUACUGAAAUGUGUCAAGGUCAUUUUAAAGAAGAUAUCAAGAAUCUCAUCCGCACCAUUAUUGCAAACAGCAUUGGGCUAAAUUAUAUUAGCGAAACAUCCCCCAAAGCCAGCAUUGAUACCAUCUUUGAAUAUCAUCCCUGGUUCCCUGUGCUGACCAAAAAGUAA